CCCUGUUCGGAGCCAAGCCUUGAGCUCCCUCGCGGCGCCUUGAUGGGCGGAAUCCAAGCAUCGCUCAGACAGCCCCGCACCGCGAAAUGCCUCGCACAACGAUGCCACAAGCAUCGUGAUGCUGGUCUAACGAUUGCAUCCGUGUUAUGAUCGGUCUGCUAAGUUAGGGCGAUGCUGGAGUUUUACUCCAGUUUGAGCAGUGAUGCUCUCUAGUGUUUGAGAAAGCAGGGUUUAGGGCCUGGUAGUGAUUAGCCAUGGUCACAGCAACUAUGGCCGAUGCGAUGUGCAGUUCGUGAUCUAGCAGAAACCGGGAGUGAUUCUUGAGGAAGCGGUUCGUUGAUAUGCUGCCCUUCGGUGUGUCGAUCCGGAAAUCGUCGGCUCCGCCGUUGCCGACGAGCAGUAGUGGUUAUGUCGUCGAGGAGAAAUCGCGGGUGCGGGCGGCCCGUUUGCGGGGUGGUGGAUGGAGCAAUGCAGCGGUGUGUGGUGUUGUUGUGAUCACGUCGCUGGUGUGGUUUGGACUGUUGCAGAUUGACGGGGUGCGGGAUGGAGCCAUCUUUUGUAGAAGUGGUAAAGGGAGACGGGGGUAUGGCUUAUCAUAUAUUGCUAUCAGCCAGGAAGACGGUGUUGGGAGCGGAUUGACGAAUUUCAUAGAUGAUGGCAAGCGGAAGGAGUCCGUUAGGCCGAAAGUAUUAGCAUUUGUUGGGAUCAACACGGGUUUCGACUCGGGUCCGCGGCGGAAGGUGCUCCGAGAAACGUGGUUUCCGUCCACUCCUGAAAAACUUGCCAGUUUGGAGAAGUCCACUGGAUUGGUAUUCCGGUUUGUAAUUGGCCACACAGCUGAUUCUCGGAAGAUGAAGGCUUUGGAAGAAGAGGCUGAGGAGCAUAAGGAUUUUCUGUGUAUUGACUCCGAAGAGACGUACAACAAGCUUAAUCUUAAAACGCUAGCUUAUUUUCGCACAGCAUAUGCGCUGUUUGAUGCCGAAUUUUACAUGAAGAUAGAUGAUGAUAUUUAUUUGCGCCCAGAUCGAUUAGCCACUUUGCUGUCCAAACCAAGAGAGAGCCCAAGGACUUACUUGGGGUGCAUGAAAAAGGGCCCAGUUGUCACAAGUCCUAGUUAUAAGUGGUAUGAACCCAAGGCUUUUAUGAUUGGAAGUGAGUACUUUCUACAUGCGUAUGGACCGAUAUACGGGUUAUCUAGGGAAGUCGUGGCAAAUUUUGCGGCUACUAAGAAUCAAAUGUAUCGCAUGUUCAUGAAUGAAGAUGUAACUAUAGGUGCGUGGAUGUUGGCCAUGGAUGUGGAACAUGAAGACAAUCGUGAUAUUUGUGCAACAGCGUGUGGACCUACGUCAAUAGCGGUUUGGGAUCUUCCAAAAUGCUCCGGGCUUUGCGAUCCAACUAAGCGGAUGCCUGAGCUGCACAUGAAUGACACGUGUUCGAAGGAUCCCUUGCCUGUUUGAAUGGAGGAUAGAUUGUUGAAAUAGCUGAUAAAACUGGAGAGACUAUUGUAUGAACGAUUCAACUGUAGCUGAAAUUGUUUUUAUGUAGGAAUUGGUCUAGGUGAUUGUGUGGAGCAAGUUUGUGAGCAGGAGGUAUUGGUGAGGUAAAAUCGUUGUGUCCAAUUUUUUCUACUCUCUGAAGCAGUAUACUUGUCAGAUGUCAAACAGCAUGUACAUUUGUUUGAUCCUGGUAUUAGAUAGUUUGGCGAGACCCUGACAAAUUUAAGCAGAGCAUAUUUUAUCUACUGUGUAUUAAAACGUCCAGUGCUCUUCAUUGA